CAGACUCACCUGGCCGGAGCUAGCCUCCCGGUCCGCCGUCCCACUGGUUGGCACAGCUGCUCGUCACGGGAAGGGGAGAGUAGGCGGGGCCGGGGGGCGUCCGCGUCUGCGCGGAGCACGGCCGGCCACGCGCGGGAACCCGCGGAGGGAGGAGUCAGGUCCCAGGGCUCAGAGGUCCCGGCCCCCGGACGGAGCCUCUCGAGAGAAGGAGGAGAGACGGAGGGCCACUCUCCCCGGCUCCCUCUGAGGCAAGCAGCGGAGGAGCGCGGAGCUUCGGCAGGCCUGCCCCGCGACCUUCAGGGGCUGGCCCUCCGUGGAACUGCGGCCGGGGCGCCGUACUGAGGUCGCCGCGACCCCCGCUGACCGAAGCCGCCACCGCCCGCACUGACCCACGGCCGCCCGGCUGACCUAAGUCACCGCCCUCGGUGACCCGAGGUCGCCCCACUGACCCUGGUCUUCACCGGCGCAGCCCCGGCUCCCUCAGGUGCAGAAAGCACCUUGGCGGAGGCCUUCAGCAGAGCUGGAAAUGGCAUCAGUGGACUUCAAGACCUAUGUGGAUCAGGCCUGCAGGGCUGCUGAGGAGUUUGUCAAUGUCUACUACACCACCAUGGAUAAGCGACGGCGUCUGCUGUCCCGCCUCUACAUGGGCACAGCCACCCUGGUGUGGAAUGGAAAUGCCGUCUCAGGACAAGAGUCCUUGAGUGAGUUUUUUGAAAUGUUGCCUUCCAGUGAGUUCCAGAUCAAUGUAGUAGACUGCCAGCCUGUUCAUGAUGAAGCCACCCCAAGCCAGACCACAGUCCUCGUUGUGAUCUGUGGAACAGUGAAGUUUGAAGGCAACAAACAACGGGACUUUAACCAGAACUUCCUCUUGACCGCCCAGGCCUCACCCAGCAACACGGUGUGGAAGAUAGCAAGUGACUGCUUUCGGUUCCAGGACUGGGCCAGCUAAUAGGGCAGGAAAGGCCUCUGCUUCAGCCCCAGCUCUGGAGGGAAAGUCAGACCUCAAAAUGUGGGGAAACAAGUCCUUUCUAUUGUUGCAGCUAUACUGCCCAGGCUGAACUCCGCCUUUGCUCGAGUCCAAGGAGCCCCUUUCUGAGUGUAUACUUGUUUGUCAUAGUACCUUUUCAAAGUAGUAAAAUUUUCUAUUUUUCUACUUGCCCAGUAGAGACCUGGUUCUGGAAAUUCUGACAAAUAAAACAAUAAUACAAAUGUUA